AAUGCUCAAGGUUUCGGCGGUGAAUAUGGAUGAGAUCUUGGAUGUCGGAAUUGAGCCGCAUAGUGUAUAUCGGAACCCGCUUACAACUAGAUAUGCUAGUAAAGAGAUGAUCAAAAAUUUUAGCGAACGACGGAAAUGCGUUUUGUGGCGCCAGUUGUGGAUAUGGUUGGCGGAGGCUCAGCGGGAACUGGGUUUUGAUAUAUCAGAUGAGCAGCUCGAAGAGAUGCGUAUUCAUCGCGAUGACAUUGAUUUUGCGACAGCUGCCACCGAGGAGAAGGCUCGACGGCACGAUGUAAUGGCUCACGUGUACGCUUUCGCUGUGGUCUGUCCUAAGGCUUCACCCAUUAUCCACCUCGGCGCCACUUCUUGUUACGUUGGAGACAAUGCCGAUCUGAUUGUGUUGCGUGAUGCGAUUGGACUACUCGCCGUAAAAGUUAGCCGUUGCAUAGACCGUUUGGCCAAACAAGCCUUUUUGCACAAAAAUCUCGUCUGUCUCGGACGUACCCAUCUGCAACCAGCUCAACCUACCACUAUGGGCCGACGAAUUUGUAUGUGGAUCCAAGAGUUGCUCAUGGACCUGUCCAAUUUGGACCGUCUCCGGCAUCACACCAUCAGAUUCCGCGGUGUCAAAGGUGCGGUAGGCACACAAGCGUCGUUCCUGGAUCUUUUUCACGGAGACCAUGGCAAGGUGUUGCGCUUGGAUCAACUGGUGGCUGCCAAGGCCGGAUUCUUACGCAUCUGGCACGUCACUGGACAGACGUAUCCACGCAAAUUGGACACCGAGAUUGUCAACGUGCUGUCUAGUUUAGGCGCCACGGUGCAUAAAAUCUGCACCGACAUCCGUCUGCUGGCCAGUUUUAAAGAGGUCGAAGAACCGUUCGAACCCGCACAGAUCGGCUCGAGUGCAAUGCCAUACAAAAGAAAUCCCAUCCGAUGUGAGCGAGCUUGCGCCCUCGCCAGAUAUCUGAUGCACUCAUCAGGUCCGUGUAUCUCGACCGCGGCUGUCCAAUGGCUGGAACGUUCACUCGAUGAUUCUGCUAUCCGGCGUAUUGUGCUCCCUGAGGCUUGUUUGGCAGCGGAUGCUUGCCUGAUUUUAUUGCAAAAUGUGGCCGAGGGCUUGGUGGUUUACCCGAAGGUGAUCGAGACGAAUUUGCGCGCGGAACUUCCUUUCCUAGUUGCGGAACAAAUUCUGAUCACCAUGGUCUCCGAAGCUGGCGCAAAUAGACAGGAGGUUCACGAACGCAUUCGAUGUCACAGCCAAGCCGCGGCGGUGGAGGUGAAGUUGAUGGGGAAUCCGAACGACUUGGUGGAUCGACUCAAGCGGGAUGACUACUUCGCGCCGAUACACCACCUACUGGACGAUCUCUUAGAUCCACAAAAGUACAUUGGUCGGGCUGCUGAGCAGGUCAGUUUUUGAUUCAAAUUUUCCGUACCCGUAAUCACCAUCUUGCUGCUACUUUCCCGACAAUUCCUCUCUCGGAUCACACGCCAUGGUUAAUUUACAAGCCAGGAGCGAUGUAACCUGUGACAAACGGAUCCACUGAGCCUCGGUGUCGGGAUCCUAUUUGUUCAACUGAACUGAACGGUUUGGUACCUUAUUCAUCUGAAAUGCGCGUUGUAAGCGUCUUUGUAGUGUCCAAGCGUACCCUAAAGCCCUGCUGCAUUUUAGAUUGCUCACCUUCCAAUUUUGCACCCACUUGGCUUACCGUCGUUCUUAACAUAAGAAAUUACUGUGCGUGUCUCGCAGUCGACGACGUCGAUGGCGCGUAUGCAUUAAUUUCCUAAUCAGAUUUCCGCAUACAUUACGUUUGACGCUGAGCUACCUGCGGAUUAAAGUUGAUUAUUACUCGGGACAUUGAAGGUGUAGAAACGCUGUCUCACGAAUGUCGUCUCAUCUCCGCAUAACACCCGACUGUGCGUGUGACCCUCCAGCGUUGAUCCUGCGCCUGUAAUCAGGGUGUUUACUUCCUGUACCGUUAUGAAUUGUGAGAAUGCCAUUGGUUUUCUGUUCAUUUACUCUCUAUUCUUCUUUAGCGGUAGUACGAUAGCGAAACACCACUUUAGGUCAUCUGGUAUUGCAACACCGCGGUCGAUUUCCCAGCCGUUACAUUCGUCAAUUAGAUGGAUGCGGAACUGUAAGUCGAGCCCGGGACUACCAGCCGAAGCCUUUCCCCCCUGCGCUAUCGAGGCCCAGCUAGCUGCUGUCACACCGCGGUGUGUGUGUGUGGCUUUAUUGGAAGUACCCGUUGUGUAAAUGAAUUGCGAUUCGCGAUCUUGGCCGGGAUAGCGAUUCACUUGUCAUUAGAGACAUCAGCAGUACACCGGUACACACUACCGACGUUUCGCUGCUGCGCAACCACCACCAGUUGCACACGGGCUAAGGAUACUGCGAGGGUAGCCUUGUCCCUACACAGGCUCGAACCCACGCCCUCAGAUUCUAAUGCAGGCUUGUGACCCUUAAGGCUACGAGCCGGCUACUGGUCAUUAGAACAGUCACAAUUCGUCCACAUAACUGGGGUUUCAAACGAAUCAGAAAACCGGUUCAAAGUGGACGGAUGUCAAUUGCUGCUCGCUCGGAACACUGCACUCCCCGAUCGGAUUCAAAUUUUGUGUGCACGCAACUGCAACUCGGACCCUCAAUGCAGUUUGAAAUAUCUAUCCCGAAGCUAGUUCAAGUUGUUUAAAAAUUCCGUGGGGGUUCCUCUAAAUACUUGCAGUCACUAUUCGCACCCAACAACCCGUUUACAUUUGUUCCAAAUGCUUCUUACAUUGUCAAACCUCAAACAUUGUGAAUUCAUCUCGUCAACACACACUCCUAGUGGCGUGUUUCAAAUUCGGGGCAUUUAUACAGUUCACUUAAUCUACUGACAAUACAACCGUCAGUCACCUAACACGCUUUCUACCCAACCAUUUUCCGCCCUGGUUGUGCAUCCAACCUGAAUUACGUAGGUAGCAUCACGCUUCGUACACAACGUCCCUAGUUGCACCUACGCUCACUGCCACCACAUUAGGUCUGCCAUGCGUACACAAUUGGUGGGAACAACACGGCGUUACAGCGGAGGCAGCGAUAGACGGAGUGAUGUUUGAUGUUAGAACGUAGAGUGUAUAUCCAGAGCUAAUCACACCGCUUUCAGCUGCUACUCGUGAGGUCUUAGCGAAAAUUCUCCUCGACUUUACAGUGUUGAUGUACUACGGUGAUAAUGCACUUGCUCCCGUAUAAUUGAGUGUUAAUUACCUGACCUCUAGAGCAUUUGUGACGUAAACUCGUCGACCACGUGAAAUGGCACUUCAGUUUGUCUACACAAUGUCUCUUCACUUCACACGGGGGAGGGUGUACGUAACCACUCACCGUAGUAAGCACAAGGUAUUAGUAUCUGGAGAGAGCAUACCAGCUCGCACCUUGCUCUCAAACCAGGUCACACACACACACACACGCGCGAAUCCAUCUAGCAACUGUCACGUUCCUAUGGAUGCGUGCGUGCGUGCGUGCGUGCACUACUUUCUGCACAAUCGGAAUGCACAGCAAAACACCGGUACGUACUUUACGACAACCUGCACACCUGACAAAGGACAAUCGCACGUUCACUUCGUUUGCUUAGCGCAGCGGACAGUGUGUGAAGUGGACUACCUAUCAGCCAUUGAUGCCAAUGCUCAACGAGUCAAGGCGUAUGGCGCCAAGGUACGAGUGUUGAAGACGUAAUUGCGUUCAGUUCGACAACUGUAGUCGUGGAACCUCGAUUCCUGCCAUCAUGAUGACAGCAAUUGACGGCAAUGGAUGAACGAUAGAGCGUAAAGAACAACGACAAAACAAUAUGAAGAGGAUGGUUUUGUGAUGUUCGUAUCUCCUGGACAGUAGUAACAAAAAUUCAACUACGGCGUGUUGAGUACCAACAAUGAACACUGAUGUGGCCAAUACUAAAACAUCCGGCCAACAAGGCGACCCGAUAAAAGCGAUCGCUUUUCUUUGGACAUGCGCGUUCUCUGAACGUUGUUCUUAACUGAUGGGCCCACCGAGUGAAAGUUGUCUUGAAACCGAUCUAUCGGUGUUUCGCAACUCUAGAUCUCCAUAUUUCCCGCCCAAUCGUUUAUGACGGUUGGAUUACGUUGCUCGUAUUACUGUUGGCCUCUGAUUUCGAUGCGUUCGUUGAUAUCGAAGACCUGAAGCGUUACAGUCAGCUGGUUGCUUGCUGUAAGCGUGUGAGGAGCUUGAUGAAGGAAGGGAUUUGCGGCGUUCUCACGUUCGUCCUUCGACUUCUCACUACUUAUGCCUCACCACAACAAUUUGAGCGUCCAUAUUGUUUCAGAUUUUUUCCAUGUCUCCUUCUUCUAGUAUCUUAACUUUUCGUCUAUAAAAGUUAGGUCGGUCAUAGUUUGAUCGACUUCACCAGCGAACUGACCACUAACCCCACCGUUUUCUAGGCCGACAAAACACCGGUAUAUCGUACUACCAGAGGUGUGGUUGAUUUGAGUGGACUCCAGACAGCACUCAUUCCUUCAGAGAAUGUUUGUAACCCACGUACACACCUAUGGCUGGGCACUAAAUCGAGACAAGAUGCCCUUCAGUAGGUGACUUCUCUUGUUUUUCUUUGCAGUUAACUUUAAUCCAAACACCAAACAAAUAUACCAAUCGAACAAGCUGCCACAGUGGCACUCACAUCGUUGACAAUCCGAUCAGUAGCAGGGUGGUGAUUCAUGCGUCCGACUUGUAGUCCACGAGUGGUCGUGUGGAUCUGGACGACAUCGGAGCACCUGUGACGAUCACGUCGCAGUGAAGCGUCGAUACGAGACUCCGUGUACUACCGUAGUGAUUCCCAGUUGACUACGUGUCGUGUCUCUCAGAAGCUUAGGUCGUGCAACUCUUGGUUUCACUGUUAUGACCGACCCACUCUCCGUCUCAAGCUUCCCGGUGUUGAUUGGUCUUCGCCACGGCAUAUUUCAAUCAUUCAGUGGUGUAUGUGCGCGCGUAUCACGUGCACAGGUUUCCACAAGUCAUUCAGUUUUUUCUGGUUACAACAUUCGAUGGCGAUCGACCAUCAGAAAACGCCUGAUACGAUGUUUUUAUUUCGAGAAGUAAGCCCUAAGAGAGGAUGGCCCGCAUUCCGCCUUCGUUCUGGGCUAGCAAGUCUCCGACGCCACGAAUUGAUGACAGUCACCCUGCUUAGUUUCAAUAAUCUCUCAUACGAAAGCACGAUUACUCAUAUAGGUUGACCGCCAAUGCUCCUUUUUGAAGGCACCUUUAGGUCCAUGGCACUCUGAUGACACGUCAGUGGACGGGGCCAUCUUAUAGUUCUUUGCGAGGUGAGAUGACGCCUCGCUUAGACAGCUAGCUGCGCUUCCUCGUCUACCAGCAGUUAUGAAUUCACAUGAUCGAGCACUGCAGCGAUCCAACGUUUUCCAUACGUGAACGACGAUUCGUUGCAUGUGCUUUCAAAUACAAGUAACCCCUCCCAUAAGAGAUACUGUAUAUCAGAUGUAGUUUAUUGCCCCACAAUUCGAGGUACAGCCAGAUGGUAUUCUCCGAUUUUGCUACGGUAACAGAGUAAUGAAAGGUAAAACUUGAACGAUUAUUUACACACCACAUGCCUUUACAGGCGUGCCUCGCGUUGCCGAGCAUAAACUAUUUACAACGGUUGCGUUUACAUCCAGUGUCUUAGACACGUAGUUGCACAAUGAGUAGAUUACAUAUUGCAACAUAAUGCUACUCUGACGUUGGUUCACGUGGCCUAUAGAAUGAGUCUUCGCUGAUUGUUAAAAAUCUGAACAAUAAACAAACAUCUUGCACCACUUGCCUGCUGAUAGUAUUUUCUUUUUUCCGCUUUGCCCAUCCGGGGAUAGGUUGAGCAGUUUAUCGAGUCCGAAGUGGAUCCGGAAAUUUCCCGUUAUCAGGGCACUUUGGAGGCGAGCAGCGUCGUAGAGCUGUGAUCGAACGAAUAUUGCUGUCGCCCGCGUUUUGCCUACUCUACUCUACUCUCGCAUUGGAAAGUCGAUUCCUCACCCUCAGAUUGUGCGUCGCCACUGGCGGCGACCACAUGCUCUCGUGCGUUGCAAAACCGGGGGAUCGAUUCGCUGUUGUUUGCAUACAAGAACACACCCGAUGGGCGUGGCCUCUUCUGUCCACUAGUCUUGCUUUCGUAUUUUCAACUUAUCAACCAAAUUUAGGAUGUUCUGACCACGAAAUUCUCACACAUCGCACUUAUGUUUUUUUUGCCGUUUGGUAUGCAUUUUGAUUCCAAAUGUGAACGCUUUAUACAACACAAAACUGGCAAAUCGGAGUGGAAAUGACACACCUUGCUUGAUGCUUUUGUUUUACAAAUGCACUUUCUACAUCAAAUUAUGAUAUUUGCAGUGUCGCACAUGUAUCAACUGCUUUGAUAAUACAUGUGACCCCGUUGAUAUCACCGCCCCUGAUUCACGCAUAAAAUGUACUAUUUCUACUGGAGGUUAUUUUUAUACAGAAAAAAUAUACCAUCAAGGGUCAAGACUUGGUCCUCUCCAUGCAGAGUCCAUGGUCGCAGUCCUUUCGCAACAUUGUGAUUACCUCAUAGGACACAAUUAGUGCACAACAACAUACCCCGUGAGUGACAUUGCUAUGCCCUCCAUUCGUCGCGCUCGCGCGCGCGCGUACACCACCACCGGCAGACAAUCGCGUUAUGGCAGGUGCUCCUCCAUGUUCGGUGUGACCCCUAGCUAUCUAUAAAAUCAAGGAAGCGAGUUUGGAACAGUGCGUUUUUUCAUCCGACUACGAACUGCACCUGACGUGGAACAAGUGUUGAGCCGCCGAGAGCAGCAGCAGGUUCACAUAGAGGCAAUCAAACAGCCCGCACUGCGUACAUCGAUAAAGCAAUGACACCUGCGCGAAUCGAGUCGCUCCUCAUUGUGGCUCUUUCGGCCGCUCCAUUGAUUUCUGCGUUGGUCAGCUGAAUUAAUUACAUCGGAGACCAAACACUGCCAAGCUUUGGGGGGGGGGAGGGGCACAUAAGGUUUUAUCUUGGUCAAACCAUCUAAAAGAAACGUUCCAAGUCCGGAGGUUGUCGUUCUACGCUCCACGCCUGCAGUCUUCGUCUGUCCCCGGUGAUUUGAUACUGCGCUUUGUCAAUGCUUAUGCUCUUCUACAGUGAACGUCAUCAUCAUCAUCAUCAUACACGUUAGCUAGAGGUGGGGAACACCUCAGCUACUGUGCCGCAAUACACAG